AAGAUAUAAAGAUGAUAAUUUCACAUCAUUACAGAAGACUUAAUUCUACAUUCGUUAUCAACUUCUUCGCGUUACCACUAUCCUAGAACUUACGAGACAUAGUUUUGAUCAAAUGUUCACAAAUAGCAUUUUCCAUCAUUAUUGGUACUCGGUGUUUUCGUUCCCUCUCUUCCGUUCCUCGAAAUUCAUCAUCAAGUUACCCCCAUUAAAACACCACUUACUUUAUAUCGGUAAAAGGGUUGAUAAUCUUCAUCAUGGAUCGGACCGUUUUCAACUCUGUUCUCUUCGGUAUCAAUGGUCUAGGCAUUGUGUUGAAUGGUGCCACAGUGAUCGCGAUCUUAGCUGUUAAAGAAUUGAGAACGACACAAAACAUCUUUACCUGUAACAUCGCUUUGUCUGACAUGGCAGCGGCUCUCAUCAGCUUGAUCAUAACAAUCCUCAAUGUAUCUUUUAUCGAACAGCCUGUCGUGAUAACAGCUUUCCUUAGUGUGGCAUAUACAUCUGCCAUCUUAAGCACUCUUGCUGUGGCUUUUCAUCGUUUCAUCGUCAUCAAACUUGAUCCUUUCAACAAUCGACGCCUCGUGACAGGGUCUCGGUGUAUCAUCACAUGUAUCGUAUUCUGGUUGAUGAACUCAGCCAUCUUUGUUACCAUCCACUACAACAUACUGGAGAAUAGUCUGUUGGGUUUCAUCACCCCUAUCGUAAUACUAGGUUGUCACAUCGCAUCUGCCUUUUGUUACGUAGUCAUUUAUUUUGCCGUUGCGGCUAGUGCGCGUAGAGCUGGUAUUUCGGCCCAACGUGCCAAACAGAAUGCGCGCAUUCUUAUCACUUUCGCACUCGUGGUAGGUACGAAUAUCCUUUGUUGGGCUCCUGGUUGUAUCUAUAUUAUCAUAUUGUAUACACAGCCGAGGUCAUCUUGGGGAAAGGUGGGUGCUAUUCUCAUCCAAGUGUUACGUUGGUGGCUCUUUAGUGCGAAUUCGAUUGUUAAUCCCAUCAUUUAUUGGUCUCGUUUAACGGAUUUCCGUAAUUUUCUAAGCAAACGAUGCUGCUCUAAGCCACGAAGCGGCGAGGGGCAACAGGUAAAUAAUGGAAAUGCCGACUCUAACGAGAAAGGUUCUAUAAGUAAAAGCACAGUGGCAACGGUUUCUCAGCAAGAGGCAUAAAGUUUAAGAGAUAUCAACUUGUGUUUUCUCAAUUAGCCAAUGUUAUCAUUUCACUCCCACAUUCUGAGCAAAUUCUUACGAAAAAAUGUAUUUUUGAGAUGCGAAACGAUGUAGAUUAUUGUCACUUGAUUUCGUACAAUGUAUUUAUAAUGCAUAUUAAUACGCACAAAAUAUUUCAAUUUCUGUAUUUAAGAUAAUCAGAUGUUGCUAAUGAUUAAGUCUGAAUUGAUAUACCUCCUUCUUUUGAUGAGGUACAGUCCACCGACUGGUGUAUCAUCGGACUAGGCCUGGUGUGGAGUAUGUACAGUGCAAUAUUAUAAUAUAGUGUAAAUAUGGAGAUUUAGUGGCGAGAAUGUAUGUAGGUAUAUUAUAUCGUUACUAUUGUGUGUGUGUUUUUGGGGAGGGAAGGGGGCUUAUACCUCGUUCUCACUGUCAAGAUUUGCACCAUGAUUCUAACGGCGAACGUAAUCGUAGUGACCUUGUCAGAUCGUAUGAGAUCUUAACAGAUCAGACGUGGCAAUCGUAUUGAUCGUAGAAACUUUGUGAAUAGGUUUAAAAAAAAACUCACGAUUACUUACAAAAGGCCAAUCCUGGCUUUCUU